AUGCACUCUUACAAUCCCCUACCCUUCACUCUCACAUUCCCCUACCCUGCACUCUCCCAUUCUGCACCCUUCACUCACAAAAAACCUACAAUUCACUCUCGCAUUCCCUACCCUUCACUCUCACAAUCCCCUACCCUGCACUCCCACAUUCCCCUACCCUGCACACCCAAAUUCCCCUACCCUUCACUCCCACAUUCCCCUACCCUGCACUCCCACAUUCCUGCACUCCCACAUUCCCCUACCCUGCACACCCACAUUCCCCUACCCUUCACUCCCACAUUCCCCUACCCUGCACUCCCGCAUUCCCCUACCCUGCACUCCCACAUUCCCCUACCCUGCACUCCCACAUUCCCCUACCCUGCACUCCCACAUUCCCCUACCCUUCACUCCUGCAAUCCCCUACCCUGCACUCCCACGUUCCCCUACCCUGCACUCCCACAUUCACCUACCCUGCACUCCCACAUUCCCCUACCCUGCACUCCCACAUUCCCCUACCCUGCACUCCCACAUUCCCCUACCCUUCACUCCCGCAUUCCCCUACCCUGCACUCCCACAUUCCCCUACCCUGCACUCCCACAUUCCCUUACCCUGCACUCCCACAUUCCCCUACCCUGCACUCCCACAUUCCCCUACCCUGCACUCCCACAUUCCCCUACCCUGCACUCCCACAUUCCCCUACCCUGCACUCCCACAUUCCCCUACCCUGCACUCCCACAUUCCCCUACCCUUCACUCCCGCAUUCCCCUACCCUGCACUCCCACAUUCCCCUACCCUGCACUCCCACAUUCCCUUACCCUGCACUCCCACAUUCCCCUACCCUGCACUCCCACAUUCCCCUACCCUGCACUCCCACAUUCCCCUACCCUGCACUCCCACAUUCCCCUACCCUGCACUCCCACAUUCCCCUACCCUUCACUCCUGCAAUCCCCUACCCUGCACUCCCACGUUCCCCUACCCUGCACUCCCACAUUCACCUACCCUGCACUCCCACAUUCCCCUACCCUGCACUCCCACAUUCCCCUACCCUGCACUCCCACAUUCCCCUACCCUUCACUCCCGCAUUCCCCUACCCUGCACUCCCACAUUCCCCUACCCUGCACUCCCACAUUCCCUUACCCUGCACUCCCACAUUCCCCUACCCUGCACUCCCACAUUCCCCUACCCUGCACUCCCACAUUCCCCUACCCUGCACUCCCACAUUCCCCUACCCUGCACUCCCACAUUCCCCUACCCUGCACUCCCACAUUCCCCUACCCUUCACUCCCGCAUUCCCCUACCCUGCACUCCCACAUUCCCCUACCCUGCACUCCCACAUUCCCUUACCCUGCACUCCCACAUUCCCCUACCCUGCACUCCCACAUUCCCCUACCCUGCACUCCCACAUUCCCCUACCCUGCACUCCCACAUUCCCCUACCCUGCACUCCCACAUUCCCCUACCCUUCACUCCCGCAUUCCCCUACCCUGCACACCCACAUUCCCCUACCCUGCACUCCCACAUUCCCCUACCCUGCACUCCCACAUUCCCCUACCCUGCACUCCCACAUUCUUGCACUCCCACAUUCCCCUACCCUGCACUCCCACAUUCCUCUACCCUUCACACCCACAUUCCCCUACCCUGCACUCCCACAUUCCCCUACCCUGCACUCCCACAUUCCCCUACCCUUCACUCCCACAUUCCUCUACCCUGCGCUCCCACAUUCCCCUACCCUGCUCUCCCAAAAUCCCCUACCCUUCACACCCACAUUCCCCUACCCUGCACUCCCACAUUCCCCUACCCUGCACUCCCACAUUCCCCUACCCUUCACUCCCACAUUCCCCUACCCUGCGCUCCCACAUUCCCCUACCCUGCACUCCCACAUUCCCCUACCCUUCACACCCAUAUUCCCCUACCCUGCACUCCCACAUUCCCCUACCCUGCACUCCCACAUUCCCCUACCCUUCACACCCACAUUCCCCUACCCUUCACUCCCACAUUCCCCUACCCUUCACUCCCACAUUCCCCUACCGAGAACUCUCACACGAAGAACCUUGCACUCUCACCCACCCUCAUGCCCCACAGUCUCAAGCCGUGGGGGGCCUGCACCCUCUCAAUCCCCAACGCUGCAGACCCACAAUCCCUCAUGCCAUGCGGCCUUGCAUUCCCCGUGAGCCGGGGUUGUCUCACCAUCGCACUCCCUGUCGUUCCCCUGUCCCGCACUCUCACAUUCCCUCCUGUUCCGCACCCUCGCAACCCCUCCGGCCAGGAAUGGGCACUCUCACAUUCCCUUGUGCCCAGCACUCUCACAUUCCCUUGUGCCCAGCACUCUCACAUUCCCUCAUGCCCAGCACUCUCACAUUCCCUAACGAUCCCACUCUCACCAUCCAUCUUGUCUCGCAGCCACAUAUUUCCUCCCGCACCCUCACAUUCCGCCCUGCGCCGCACUCUCACAUUCCCUCCUGCUCGCACUCUAACAUUCCCUCCUGCUCGCACUCUUACGUUCCCUCAUGUCCUGCACUCUCACAGUUUCAAACUUCCCGGCACUCUCACAUACCCUCAUGCCCUGCACUCUCAUAUUCCCUCAUGCCCUGCAGUCUCACAGUCCCCUUCCCUGCACUCUCACAUUCCCCUACCCUGCACUCUCACGUGCCCCUUCUCUGCUGUCUCACAUUCCCCUUCCCUGCAUUCUCACAUUCCCCUCCCCUACAGUCUCACAUUCCCCUUCACUGCAGUCUCACAUUCCUCUACCCCGAACUCUCACCUUCCCCUUCCUUGCACUCUCACAUCCCCCUACCCUGAGACUCUCACAUUCCCCUUCCGUGCACUCAACUUCUAG